AUGGUGAGUGUGGUCAUGGGUCUAGGAUUACUCGUUCCACCAUCCUCACCAUACUUUCAAGAUUCAGACAAGCCUUGGCACAUUGAUAUUGCCACUCUCAGCAUGUUGAUGAUAUCUGUACUAUGCAUAGUGGUAUUAGCCAUAGUGGUGGUAUGUUACACCUUCAUACUUCGCACAAUUAAGAGGCUCAAGGAUGAAAAUGGUACUAUUCACAACGAACACGGUCAAAGACAUCGAGCUAUGAGUGUCGCAAAUUCAAACUCUGGAAGAAAGAUGCAAGCUGUAGGCCGGCAUAAGUAUAUUUAUGUGAUUGGAACAGUAUUAAUAGUGGAUUUGUUAUUUCUUUGCCCGUACUCAGGAAUUCAGCUAGUCGCUUUUCCACACAUCAAUCAUUUGAUAGAGAUUACUCAUAGCAGCACUUUGAUACGUUGGUGGCUACAGGUUUUGAUUGGUGUGCAUUCUGUCUGUCAACCAUUGUGUUACUUCCGAAUGACGGAGUUUCGACGAUUGGCUUGCUGCGUAACUCGUCCGUGGAGUUCGAGGAGCUGCUCGGUGCUUAAUAAAAGCUUUGUAAAUACCCGAUCUGUCAUAAGAGAUGACGAGUUGUUAGAUCCAAUGGAUUCACCGCAAAUAAGGGAACCUUUGCUAAAUAUGACGCAUGACCCUGUUGAUUGUAAACUCGGUAUCUGCGCAAGCGUGGUCUCGACAAGAGCUCACUCGGUUGCGAACAACGGG